UCUCUCUCUCUUUCUUCCAUUUCUUCGUUUCUGUCAAUGUGAAGGAAACGAAACCAAACGAUAAGAAAGCGUAUAAAUAUAUCAAAACCCAAGGAAUAAACGUUUUCUGGAAUUUCCAAACCCCAAUUCCUCUUCUUCUUCCUUUCUUCCUCCAAACCUCUCCCAGCCCAGUCAGAUGGCAAAAGGAAAGGGUAGUGGCAGACACUUUAUUAGGAGAAAGGUUCGGUCGAAGGAAGAUGGUUCCGAUGAUUCCGAUGAGGAUUAUGUGGUUUCGGAUGAUGGUGGGGGUGUGUCUGAUUGUCCGGAGGAUGAUUGUUUUUCGUUAGAUGAAUGUGCAUCCGAGGAGGGUUUUGAUGGUUUUAUAGAUUUGGGGGAUGAAGAGGAGGAGGAGGAGGAGGUGAAGGGAAUUCGAGCGGGGAGGAGAUUCAAGAGAUCGAAGCCUAAAAAUGGCAUGUGUGAUCAGCGGAAAGGUGCGAGUAAAACCCCGCGAAAGAGGGCAAGGAUUACUUACGAAGAACAAAAAGAACAAGAGGGAGAAGGAGUUGAAGAUGAAGAUGAGGAUUUCAAUUAUGAAGAACAAAAAGAACAAGAGGGAGAAGGAGUUAAAGAUGAAGAUGAAGAUGAGGAUUUCAAUUAUGAUGAUGAGGAUAAAGAUGAAGAUGAGGAUUUCAAUUACGAUGAUGAUGAGGAUGAAGAUGAUGAAGAAUUUACACCAGAGGAAGAAGAUUACUCGGAUGAGGAAGAAGAAACAAGGGAAAGGAAGAAGAAAAAUGGUAGCAUGAAAGCGGUCAAGAAGGUUUUGCGGAGAAGGGUUUCGGUGACCUCUAACCGAGGUCGAAAAAGGAGGAGAUCUAGAGUUUCGAAGAAUCCCUUGAGAAAGAAAAGACGAAAGAAUGGAAAAUCAAGGGGUAAAGUACAAGAUAAUGAUCUAGAUGGUUUGAUAGAUAGUGGCCCAGCCAAGGGGAUAAAUGGUAGGAAAAAACGGGGCCGGGAAAGGAGAAGGUUGCUUAUUGAUGAUUCCAAUUCAGAUUCACAUUGUGUGUCGGUAUCAUCUGAUUAUGAGUUUACUAUAUCUGAAGAAGAAAGAGAACAGGUGAGAGAAGCCAAGAAAUUGUGUUCAAAUUUAAGAAGAAACUUGAGAAGUGCUUCCCUUCUAAUGGAAAAUGAAGAGGUUGGAGUAUAUGAAGAUCUAAAUCAGCAACCGAAGCCUCCAGGCCGGAAGGGUAAGGAAAAGUCUGAGGAACCUCAAGGAAGAAAGGGUAAAGAAAAGGUGGGCGAUUCAAAAAGUGAAGUGGGAAAGCAGGUGUGUGGAAUUUGCCUGUCUGAAGAAAAUAAAAGAAGAGUGAGGGGAGUACUAGAUUGUUGCACUCACUAUUUUUGCUUUACUUGCAUUAUGGAGUGGUCAAAGGUGGAAACUCGGUGCCCUUUGUGUAAGCAGAGAUUCAAAACAAUCAAUAAACCUACACGAUCAACAGCAGGGCUUGAUUUGAGAGAAGUGGUCAUACAAGUGCCCGAACGUGAUCAGGUUUAUCAGCCCUCUGAAGAAGAACUCAGGAGCUAUAUUGAUCCAUAUGAGACUGUACUUUGUUCAGAGUGCCAUCAAGGUGGCGAUGAUGGCCUCAUGUUACUCUGUGAUAUCUGUGAUUCCCCUGCACACACAUAUUGUGUUGGUUUGGGGCGGGAAGUGCCUGAAGGUAAUUGGUACUGUGAUGGUUGUAGACCUGUUGCUUUGGCAUCUUUAAACUCUCAAAUCCAAGAACGCGUGGCUGAUUCAAGGGUGUCAACCCAAAACCCAUCUGUUAGAUCAUCACCUGUUCUUCAUUCUCAAGAAAGUAUAGACCUCAACUUGACUUCUUCACCGGGUCCAUCUUUUAGUCAAGGGUUCAGGCAUUUUUCAUCUUCUAGGUUUUCUGGCAGAAGCGCCGAAGGAGCUUCUCCAGCAUCUGGAGGAGGAACUCUAUCAGAGAGACGCUGGAUACACCGUCAAAUUCAUCAGCUACUUUCAACAGAUAGAAUGACUUCUACAACUGGCCGAACUAAUAGUAUUUCAGCUCUGAGUUCAACCAGUAACCUGCAAAACACUCAAAUUGAUCAAAGCAGGGAACCCACCACUCAACAUACAAGGACACAGGAUGUGGGAACAUCAUAUCACACAUUAGUUGAGGAGAGAUUACGCAAUGAUAUUUCUCCAUUAAUGCAGAAUGGAGAUCCCUUCUCCACAAUAGUAAGCAAUUCAAGAAGGCCAAUUAUUGAGGAUUCAACUAUGCUCUCCAACAGGCCUGUAAAUGGGGUUCUAUGGCCUGGACUGUUGGGAACUCCCACCUUAUCAGAUCAUCAACCAAUCCAUCAGUUCAGCAGCAGACCAAACAGUGCCAUUGAAAGUAGUUUGUCCCCUGCUAUCAAAGAAGAAAGUAACUUUCACAUUGUAAAGGAGCAGGUGCGGGCGAUGGUUAAAAGCCAUCUGCAGAGCUUAUCUCGAGAUAUUGAUUUAGGCCAUAGUACUUUCAAGGACAUUGCUAGGAGUUCUACCCAUACCCUACUGGCAGCUUGUGGUCUAGAGCACAGGAAGAGUGAGGUUUGCACUGUGGCCCCACCACCUGUCUGUCACCACAUGGAACAAAUAGCUGGUGAACAAACUAGUCUGAUUAAAGAUUGCUGCUCCUCUUGCUUUGAUCGUUUUGUAGUAGAUGUGGUGAAAAAGAUUCUGGACACAACAAUGUCUUCACAGUGGUUAAGAUUAGGACUUUAGGCAUAUUAUUCUCUGACAAUGGGAUCCAUAGUUUCACCUUUUUGUUAGCAGUUAGGACAAGAAUAGCUUAUUUACUUUUUUAUACAUACAUGAAUACGAUUGACUGACGUUUAGCAGAAAGGCUGCUUGUGUUUUUAUUCUAAACUUCAAUUUGUUGACUUUGGCACA